UUAAAGAGGAGAUGUUGGCCCUUUUGCUGGCAUCCUCCCACCAUGUUCAACCUGAUGAGCAACUGCUGCAGCUGGAUCUCCAAGCUGCAGGAACCAGUCAGGAAAGUCACUCUGCUCGUGGUGGGUCUUGACAAUGCAGGCAAAACAUCCACAGUGAAUGGGAUCCUGAAAGAACCCCCAGGGGACAAUGCACCCACUGUGGGCAUGGCCAGGACUGAGCUGAAGGUGGACCAGUUCGAGGUGGUGCUGGUGGAGCUGGGAGGAGGGGUGCAGACGCGGGGGCUCUGGAAGCAGCACUGCAGAGAGGCUCAUGGGAUUGUCUUUGUGGUGGAUUCGAGCGACACCCAGAGGAUCAGAGAGGCUAGGGAACUGCUGACAGACAUGCUGAGGCACCCAAAGGUGUCAAGGAAGCCCCUACUGGUGCUGGCUAACAAACAGGACAAAGCCAACGCCCUGCUGGAGAGCGAGCUCAUCGAGGUGCUGUCCCUGGAGAGGCUGGUGAACGAGAGUCAGACGCUCUGCCACAUUGAGCCGUGCUCUGCCAUUGCGGAUGUGUGGCGCUGGUCGGACAGGAAUAGGCUGAAGGGACUGCGCUGGCUGCUGCGUGCGGUCACCCUGGACUACAGCAAUCUGUGUGCGCGCGUGGCGAGAGACACUGCCCAGUCGGUGGGCUGGGAGGAGAAAGAGCACAACAGGAAGGGCCAGCGAGGGCGCAGCAAGCCCAGGGAUGACAGAGUUCAAGGCAGCCAAACUGAACUUCCCAAGACAGACAAUUCCCAGCAGUGGGGGUACAAGCCCUUGCCCAGUGGGAAACUGCAGCCCAUUCGCACCAUCAUUAAAAAGAAGGAAAAUAAACUAAAAAACCGACUGAAAAAGAAAAAGAAGGUGCAGAUAGAGGACGCGGAGGAGAAUGAGAACAAGCUGCAAGAAAGCUUGGAUCAGAGCUGGCAGAAAGAAGGGAAAGCCAGCGGGGCUACCGGCUCUGUGUUGCCUAGCAACAGGGUGGGUGAAGUGCUCAGUAAGAGCCCGAAAAACAGCGAAGAGGUCCAGGAGCGACCACACCAACUGAGUACAGAAGAAUCGCCAAAAAAGGAAAAACUACAAAAGAAGAAGAGAAAGACAACAAAAAAGAAAAAUAAAAUAAAUACUGAGAAGACCCCAACACACCCGCAGCAGCCUGUGGACCUUUCUGCGACAUUUGAUCUCUACCGAAAAGCUAUAUUGUCCCUCAAAGCCAGACAAGAACAGAAUCAACGAGAAGGGAACAUCACUUAAGACUUAACUCAGCAGCCUUGCCCUGCUACUGUCCCUGCUUCCAGCCUGCACAUCCAAGAUCAGCAAUGCAUCUCUCUAAUGCCUUGUUUUCAUAGACAAAGGAAAUCCGAUAGUCCC